UGAGGUCUGCCAAUCCUUAGUGAAACAUAACUCUGGAAUAAAAGGAAGUUUACCACUACAAAAACUGCAUCUGGUUUCACGAAGUAUUUAUCAUUCACAUCAUCCUACCUUAAAGCUUCGAAGACUCCAAUUAAGGACAUCCUAUCAGCAGUUCUCUUCUCUAACUAACCUUCCUUUACAUAAAUUGAAACUUUCUCCAAUUAAAUAUGGCUACCAGCCCCGCAGGAAUUUUUGGCCAGCGAGAUUAGCUGCAAGGCUCUUAAAACUUCGAUAUCUCAUACUAGGAUCUGCUGUUGGGGGCGGUUAUACAGCCAAAAAGACUUUUGAUCAAUGGAAAGAUAUGAUACCUGACCUUAGUGACUAUAAAUGGAUUGUGCCUGACAUUGUGUGGGAAAUUGAUGAGUAUAUCGAUUUCGAAAAAAUUAGAAAAGCCCUUCCUAAUUCAGAAGACUUUGCAAAGUUAGCACCAGACUUUGACAAGAUUGUUGAAAGCCUCAGCCUACUGAAGGACUUUUUCACCACAGGUCACAAAUUGGUUAGUGAAGUCAUAGGAGCUUCUGGCCUACUUCUCUUGUUAGGUUCACUUGGAGAAACAGCAUUUAGAGCAACAGAUCAUGGAUCUGAAAGUGACAAGCAUUAUAGAAAGGUGUCAGACAAAGAGAAAAUUGACCAACUUCAAGAAGAACUUCUGCACACUCAGUUAAAGUAUCAGAGAAUCUUGGAACGAUUAGAAAAGGAGAAUAAAGAAUUGAGAAAGUUAGUGUUGCAGAAAGAUGACAAAGGCAUCCAUCAUAGAAAGCUUAAGAAAUCUUUGAUUGACAUGUAUUCUGAAGUUCUUGAUGUUCUCUCUGAUUAUGAUGCCAGUUAUAAUACACAAGAUCAUCUACCGCGGGUUGUAGUGGUUGGAGAUCAGAGUGCUGGGAAGACUAGUGUGUUGGAAAUGAUUGCUCAAGCCCGAAUAUUCCCAAGAGGAUCUGGGGAGAUGAUGACACGUUCUCCUGUUAAGGUGACUUUGAGUGAAGGUCCUCACCAUGUGGCUUUGUUUAAAGAUAGUUCUCGGGAGUUUGAUCUUACCAAAGAGGAAGAUCUUGCAGCAUUAAGACAUGAAAUAGAACUCCGAAUGAGGAAAAGUGUAAAAGAAGGCUGUACUGUUAGCCCUGAGACUAUAUCCUUAAAUGUAAAAGGCCCUGGACUACAGAGGAUGGUGCUCGUUGACUUACCAGGGGUGAUUAAUACUGUGACAUCAGGCAUGGCUCCUGACACAAAAGAGACUAUAUUCAGUAUCAGCAAAGCUUAUAUGCAGAAUCCUAAUGCUAUCAUACUAUGUAUUCAAGAUGGAUCUGUGGAUGCUGAACGCAGUAUUGUUACAGACUUGGUCAGUCAAAUGGAUCCUCAUGGAAGAAGGACUAUAUUUGUUUUGACCAAAGUAGACCUGGCAGAGAAAAAUGUAGCUAGUCCAAGCAGGAUUCAGCAAAUAAUUGAAGGAAAGCUCUUCCCAAUGAAAGCUCUUGGUUAUUUUGCUGUCGUAACGGGAAAAGGAAACAGCUCUGAAAAUAUUGAAGCUAUAAGAGAAUAUGAAGAGGAAUUUUUUCAGAAUUCAAAGCUCCUAAAGACAAGCAUGCUAAAGGCACACCAAGUGACUACAAGAAAUUUAAGCCUUGCUGUAUCAGACUGCUUUUGGAAAAUGGUACGAGAAUCAGUUGAACAACAGGCUGAUAGUUUCAAAGCAACACGUUUUAACCUUGAAACUGAGUGGAAGAAUAACUAUCCUCGCCUGCGAGAACUUGACCGGAAUGAACUAUUUGAAAAAGCUAAAAAUGAAAUCCUCGAUGAAGUUAUCAGUCUGAGCCAGGUUACACCAAAACAUUGGGAGGAAAUCCUUCAGCAAUCUUUGUGGGAAAGAGUGUCAACUCAUGUGAUUGAAAAUAUCUAUCUUCCAGCUGCACAGACCAUGAAUUCAGGAACUUUUAAUACUACAGUGGAUAUCAAGCUUAAACAGUGGACUGAUAAACAGCUUCCUAAUAAAGCAGUAGAGGUUGCUUGGGAGACCCUACAAGAAGAAUUUUCCCGUUUUAUGACAGAACCCAAAGGAAAAGAGCAUGAUGACAUAUUUGAUAAACUUAAAGAGGCUGUUAAAGAAGAAAGUAUUAAACGUCACAAGUGGAAUGACUUUGCAGAGGACAGCUUGAGAGUUAUUCAACACAAUGCUUUAGAAGACCGGUCCAUAUCUGAUAAACAACAGUGGGAUGCAGCUAUUUAUUUUAUGGAAGAAGCUCUUCAGGCUCGUCUCAAGGAUACCGAAAAUGCUAUUGAAAACAUGGUAGGUCCAGACUGGAAAAAGAGGUGGUUAUACUGGAAGAAUCGGACCCAAGAACAGUGUGUCCACAAUGAAACCAAGAAUGAAUUGGAGAAGAUGUUGAAAUGUAAUGAGGAGCACCCAGCUUAUCUUGCAAGUGAUGAGAUAACCACAGUCCGAAAGAACCUUGAAUCCCGAGGAGUAGAAGUAGAUCCCAGCUUGAUUAAGGAUACUUGGCAUCAAGUUUAUAGAAGACAUUUCUUAAAAACAGCUCUAAAUCAUUGUAACCUUUGUCGAAGAGGCUUUUAUUACUACCAAAGGCAUUUUGUAGAUUCUGAGUUGGAAUGCAAUGAUGUGGUCUUGUUUUGGCGAAUACAGCGCAUGCUUGCUAUCACCGCGAAUACUUUAAGGCAGCAACUUACCAACACUGAAGUUAGGCGAUUAGAGAAAAAUGUUAAAGAGGUAUUGGAAGAUUUCGCUGACGACAGUGAGAAGAAGGUUAAAUUGCUUACGGGUAAACGAGUUCAACUGGCUGAAGACCUCAAGAAAGUUAGAGAAAUUCAAGAAAAACUUGAUGCUUUCAUUGAAGCUCUUCAUCAGGAGAAAUAAAUUAAAAUCCUACUUUUAACGUAAUCGCUUCUGCAUACAUCUGAAGAAGAAAACUUCAAAGUUUUUUGUCCUGCCUCUUUUUCUUCUGCUAUUACACCUUUCUAAACAUACAAUAAAGUCAUGGGAUAACAAUAAUUUUUGCGUGUUACAAACGCUUUAAACUUCAGCUGCCUUUUGAAUGGAAGAACAGUGGAAAUGGCAUUAACAUCCUAUUUUAUCGUAUUGAAGUGACGAAGAGGGAUAAUAUGAUGGAUAUGGCCAUUAGGUUCAGUCCUUGAAGAUAAGAAACUUGCUCUCUACUUGUUGUCUCAUUUGUGGUGACACUAGUUUAAUUUAUUAACUGAUGUUACUCAAUGUCAGUUUCUUUUCCAGAAAUAUAAUGCCAUGUGUUUUGAAAUAAAGCUUAGAGUGAUUUUUAUAAAGUUAUUGACGUACAUAAAAUUAUGGUAGCCCACUUGGUCAUAGUCUGUAUCUGUAAUGUUCUAUAACCUGGAACUAUUUGGUCAUGAUAAUUUAGUUUCUAUUUACCACAUGAAAGAAAACUGGCUAACAGAUGAAUGCCUCAAGUUAGGUUAAUUUGGAUUAUAACAAGUCAGUGUACAUUCAGUGAAAGAAAUUUCAACCCUUUAUUGCACAGCUUAGAAAUUUGCCUUGAAAGCUAGGUCAGUAGCAGUUUAGCUAUUUGAUUCAGUUUGUGUUUUUACACUCUGUAUCCAUUUGAAAUUAAUUUGUUUUGAAAGUUGUAUACUUAAGUUAGGCUUUCUGUUAAUGGUGGAGGCUUUUGGGUUUUUUUUUGUUUGUUUUUUUUUUUUCCUGUUGACAGAGCCUUUGGAUUAUCACACAGGAUGGGAAGACUAAGGAUAAUUGAUUGACUAAUUUCAUUUAGAAUACUGUCACAUAUUUCAACCAGGCAUCAGGAAAAGACUUUCUUUCAUAAGACUAUUUUAACUAGAAAUUAUCUCAACAAUUAGAAUAAUGUUGACUAUCCCCCUCUUAGCUGAAUAUAUAUAUAUUUUUAAUUUUAAGUUUAAUUCAUUGCAGUUAAAUUACAAUAAUACCCUCGCAACAUUUUCAUGUGUUUUAUAUAAAUAUUUUUGUAUUGGCUAGAGGACUUGAAAGCGAAGAAAUGUGUCAUUUUUUAUUUUAAAAAUACUACCUUUUCACAAGCCUUUAUUAUGCUAAUAAAAUGCCCAUUGUGUGACAGUUUUUACUUUGCAGUUUACUUAACUUUAUAGUUUUCUUGGAAUUGUUUUUUUGGUAACAAUUCCUUUGCCAUCCCUUACUUUUUUUUUUUUUAAACAUUAGUACAUUCUUCAUGUGUUUCCUCAAGAUCUGAUACUUAAUAUACGAGGUUGGAGGAUAUCACAAAAUAUUUCAGAAACUGGGAAUUCAGUAAAUAUUUGUUUUAUACUGUUGGGUAAGAAAAAUAGAUUCAGUUUUAAGCAAGUAUUAGCAGUAUACAUUGUUAUUUGGUAGAUGAGUAAUCAAGGGAACUUUUGUGUUUCUUUGAGGUCUAGGGAGAGUAGUGAACAGAAAGAGAGUAGAGCUCCAUAAUGUUCUGUACGAAAAUUAGGAAAUGACCUCA